AGUGCUUCCAUAGGCGUCUUCGCUAUGGGGAUGGAAUUGGCGUCUUCAUAGCAGUGCAAUGCCCGUCGACAAGCAAAAGGCCCUCCUCUUCGGAGCUGCUGCGGCAGUACGUCUGCUCUUCUUCACCUUCUUUCCCUCAUUGCCCGCCCUUCUUGCUGGCCGUGUCGAGGUCUCUACGCCGGUAACAAGCUUCAAGAGGUUACAAGAGGGCGUGUUCCUCUACACGCACAAUGUCUCUCCCUACGACGGCGGCGUGUACCACCAGGCACCCCUCCUUCUGCCACUCUUCUCGCUACUGCCAAACCCGUCGCAUUCCCCUUUAGCCACAAACCUGCUGUAUACCCUCGUGGAUCUGCUGAGCGCGAAUGCGUUGGCCCAGGUAGCCCAGAGUGGACAGGCAGCUGUGACGCGAUUGUUUGCAUCCUCGCGCAAGGACCUCAGAUGGAGCAGCGUUGCUAUUGCCGCAGGCUUCCUUUUCAACCCUUUCACCGUUGCGACUUGCAUUGCGCGAUCGACUUCAUCCCUUAGCAACUUAUUCAUACUCACAGCCAUGGCCAAGGCGUCUCAAGGAGCCAGCACUACCUUCGUCCUCGCAAUAUCAUUCGCAGCUUACCUGUCUAUGCAUCCGGUACUUCUGUUCCCACCACUGUUGGUCCUCUUGUAUGAUGCUCGCGCAAUGAAGACGAAGUCGACUCCCAGCGUCUGGUCUUUCACAAUCAUCCACGCUCUGGGCUUGGUCGCUACGAUCGGUGCACUGCUUUCUGCUUCAGCUGCCAUCACGGGCUCCUGGGAUUUUCUGGCAGCAACCUAUGGAGUGCGUCUUCUACUUCCAGAUCUUACACCAAACGUUGGCCUUUGGUGGUACUUCUUCAUCGAAAUGUUCGAUUCAUUCCGCGAGUUCUUCCUAGGCGUCUUUUGGCUGCACGCGGCGUCUUACAUGCCAGGUCUCACUAUUCGUCUCCAUAAGCAGCCCCUGUAUGUGGCAUGCACAUUGACAGGCAUCUUCGCCAUUUUCACGCCAUAUCCUAGCAUAGCAGAUGCUGCCCUGUACCUGUCUCUGGUUCCUUUGUUCCGGCACCUUUUUCCACUGAUGCGCUAUACCUUUUUGGCGUCAGCGUCUGUACUAUAUGCAUCGUUCCUGGGUCCGAUUUUCUAUCAUCUUUGGGUCUACGCCGGCUCGGGCAACGCCAACUUCUUCUAUGCGAUCACACUGGUGUGGAGUUUGGGGCUUUCGAUCAUCGUUGGAGAUUCAUUGUAUGCUGCAUUGAGAGAUGAGUUGGACGUGGAAAGACCCGAGCUGCAAGGCAAGGAAGUCACUCGGAUAUGACAAAUGGCGAGGGAAAUCUACAUAGCAUAGUUAACAUGUAUAACAUACGAUACCCUACCACUCUGCGGCUUUUUGAAAGUAGGUAAGGGUAGCAUCUCCGUAAAGAUCAUGUUGUCGAUCACAGCAUCUUUCACUCCGCAAACUCCAUCCUGCGCAUCUUCAAGUAAGCCCGGCAACAGACUGCAUAUGAUUGAAUCAUUUGGACCAAGGCUGGUCUCAAAAUUCUCACUUGUAUGCUCUUACUAUUCUACAAGAACAGC